GCGUAUGAAGUUCUACAGUUUAUGGUCAUCUGGUCAUCUGGUCAUCCUCAACUUCGUUUUUUGGCUCUAAAAUCAAAUACACGAUAAAAACAGAGGAACAGUGACCGAUGGGUCUUUCUUUCAAAAUCAAAGAAGUGACAGCAGAAAUUUCUUCAUAAACCGUACAUUGCUAACUUCCAAUUGCCGUGAAGCUCUUCAGCUCUUCCCACCAGCCCCUGCAAAACCCAAAUCAGAUUCACUGCCAAAUCGCCAACGCAGAGAGAAAAAGUGGUAUGAUGAGAAAGAAGAGAGUGUUGGUAGUCGGAGGCACAGGUUAUUUGGGGCAACAUGUAUUGCAAGGCUUUUCAGAGAUUCAAGCCACCACCCUUUGCGAUCUGGCCUUGACCCAUCACUCCAAUCCUCCUCCCCCAGCAUUGCUCACUGCAUUUCCUCAUUUGCUGUCUUUCCAUGUCGAUUUGAAGACCGGCCAAGGAUUUCAAGCCAUUUCUCAAACGUUUGGGCCGCCUGAUGUGGUCAUAAACUGUGCUGCACUCUCCGUACCUCGUGCCUGUGAAAUGGAUCCUGCUGCUGCUAUGUCUGUGAAUGUGCCAUCUUCUCUUGUAAAUUGGUUAUUGAGCUUAGAGGAGAGCAAUUCUCUUCUGAUCCAAUUGUCAACCGAUCAAGUUUAUGAAGGGGCGAAGUCCUUUUACAAGGAAGAUGAUGAAACUGUACCUGUAAAUGUUUAUGGGAAAUCAAAAGUGGCAGCAGAGCAAUUCAUUUCUGAAAAGUGUUCAAACUUUGCAAUUUUGAGAAGCAGUAUCAUCUUUGGGCCACAGACAGUCUCGCCAGUUCCAAAAUCUCUUCCAAUUCAGUGGAUUGAUGGUGUCCUCUCCAAAGGAAAUGCAAGCGAGUUCUUUCAUGAUGAGUUCCGUUGCCCUGUGUAUGUAAAAGAUGUUGUAGCUGCCAUACUAGCUUUGUCCAAGAGAUGGAUAUCAGACGGUAAGCAAACAAGGUUGCUACUAAAUGUCGGUGGACCAGAUAGGGUAUCCCGUCUUCAUAUGGCUGAGACUGUUGCAGAUAUUAGGGGAUACAAUCCCUCAUUGAUCAAAUCAGUGUCUGCAUCAACGGUUGAUCGUGGAGUAAAGUCUCCGGCUGACAUAUCCAUGGACAUCACUAAGCUGGUUCAGACACUUGCUGUUACUCCUACUUCAUUUAGAGAUGGUGUCAGAUUGACGCUUUCAACGGAGGUUAAGUCUUGAUGCCCUGAAGAUACCGUAAAUUGCAUCCUAGUUGUAGUACUAAGGAAUAAAAAUCACUUUCUGUUCUACUGGAUUGGGAAAAGAUAUCGUUAAAAUUGUUCUGAAAGCAACAAACUUUGUACCCAAGAAACUUCAAAUGUAUACUUAAAAUUUGCUGUUCAAAAUUGUAUGAAGGUACAUACAUUCAUUGAUUGAAUUAUUUGAUGGGCAUGAGCUCAUCUAAAUUGUAUGCACAAACGUAAAUAUGGAGGG